AUGGACGUAAAGGUAUCUAUAGGAGAGGAGCAACAAGAUCCAGCAAAAGUGUAUGCAGCUGCUAAAAAUCUGGCCGAUGUCAUCAAAGGCGCCAAUGUCGAAGAUAUCAUUUCCGCGAUCGAAACACUUGCCUGUCAAGCUGAUUCGUCUGCCGUUUUCAAUUUCCGGAGGCUGUCGAGGGGUUCGCUACUCCACAUUGCAGCAGCCACCGGCAAGAGCAACAUCCUGAGGCUCCUGCUUGAUCGUGUCGAUGCCUACCUCAUAGCCGCCCAAGAUGAUUGGGGGAAUACCCCUCUCCACAUCGCCACUAAGGCCAAGGCAUUUGGAGUCGUCGCUAUGCCGAUUCGCCAUGCAAGAGACCUCCCCGACGUGGAUGACAAGAACUGGAUCCUGAGGAUGAAGAACAAUCAUGGAAACACCGCUUUGCACGAGGCCGUGCUUACAUGUGACGUUGACUUGGUGAGGCAUCUGUUGAACGAAAAUUCGGAGCUCGUGUGCUUGGCGAACGCGGAUCAGAAAUCUCCCCUGUACCUGGCCAUUGACACCUGCGACCCCCAGAUAUUUCAGGUUUUACUUUCGCCCUCGCUCGACCCAUCAAGAAUAGAAGGCUUGCCGCCCGUUCAUUGCGCCGUUGCAUGUAAACAAUAUGGUUCACUUCGUGAGAUACUCAAAAAGGAUGUGAAGCUUUUCGCAAUGAGAGACCCUGGAGAAGGUAAUGUAUUCCAUUUAGCAGCUUUUUGGAAUGUGCCCCAAGUAUUCGACCUCUUACGACCAGAAACCGAAUAUUUGGCUCGAGAACGGGACAAAAAUGGGGAUCUUCCCAUUCAUAUUGCCAGCAAGGAGGGUCGUGUUGCACUAAUCGAGAAGCUACUUCCGGUAUCACUUUGCGUAAAUCGGCAAGGACAAACCAUUCUUCAUGUGGCGGCAAAAUAUGGGAAAGAAAAAGUAGUGAAAUAUAUACUCAGACAUCCCGAUUUGGGGGAGAUGAUAAAUGAAAGAGAUCAUGAUGGAAAUACACCUUCACACUUGGCAGCGAAGGAGAUUCAACCUGCCGCUUUGGUUCAUCUUGUGCUGGAUAAAAGAAUGAACCCCUCCCUUGUCAACCACGAGUACUUGGCUGCUGUCGACCUCACUACUAGCAAGUUCUUUCGACCUCGCUCGCCAGCGACGUUACGAAGGGUAGGUAACAUGAACAGUCACUAUUUUAUUCAUCAACUUACUUGA